GCUCUCCUCCAGUCGUCACCGUCGCCGUCUCCGUCUCCGUCUCUUUAGCCGUUCGAGUCCCUCCUUAACGUUCAGCCACGCUACCUACUUCCCUUACUGCAACCCUUUUGUGCAUCAGUUUCCAUAAGCAAAGCUAUGGCUUUAGUGGAUUCAUCUCAAGACUUGUCGGCAGAGAUGGAGGUGGAUGCUUUCAGAAGGCUCUUCCCUCUUCGUUUCUUCGAGCGCCAUCUCUCUGAAUCUCUCCGACCUGAUGGUAGACCUCUUGGCAAAGCCAGAGACACCAUUGUCAACCUUGGGCUUGUUUCCUCUGCUGAUGGAUCUGCCCUUGCCAAGAUUGGUUCUACUACUAUGAUUGCAGCUAUAAGAAUGGAAGUAAUGACUCCUUCUUUAGACUCCCCAGACGAAGGGUGCAUAGCUGUUGAGUUCCACAUGCCUCCUAUAUGCUCUCCAACUGUUCGUCCUGGAAGACCAGCUGACGAGGCUCCUGUUAUCUCCAAGCGUUUGUCUGAUAUUAUCUCAAGUUGUGAUAUGAUUGACCUUAAAGAACUCUGCCUAGUUAGUGGAAAAGCUGCUUGGAUGGGGUAUCUGGACAUAUAUUGUCUGGAUGCUGAUGGAGCUCUUUUCGACGCUGCUCUGCUUUCUGCUGUUGCUGCCUUUUCGAAUUUGCAAAUACCAGUUGUUGCUCUGAACGACAAUGGAAGAAUAGUUGCCAUCAAUGGAGGACAAGAGGAGAAUGCAUCGAUCAGAGAGAAAGAAGCAGUGAACAAGGAGAAGAGAAAACUGACGCUCAAGAACAUCCCUUUCUCUUUAACAUGCAUACUCCACAAGAAGUACAUUCUAGCGGACCCGACAGCUGAAGAAGAAUCGAUCAUGGACACUCUGGUGACUGUUGUUCUGGACUCUUCAGAUCAGAUUGUUUCUUUCAAUAAAUCGGGAGGAAACGCUCUCGCUGGUUCAUCAGCCAUCAAGAGCUGUGUGGAGUUAGCAAAGAAGAGAGGUAAGGAGCUUAAGGAGAUAUUGGGUGAGAUGGAUAUCGACUGAUUAGAAAUCAAAUGGACAAUGUUUAUCUUUUCAUAACAGUAUUAAGAAAUCUAGUGCUCGUCGUCACCAUUUUUGUUAACGAUAUGUUUUGGUGAUCUUAUAAUGAGUUUAACGUUAGUGUAACUGUUAUGCUCAUACAUUUUUCAAAUGGAUUAUUGGGUACAAGGUAAGAGCGUUGUAGAACAGACCUUCUGAGAGAAAUUUUGCCAAUU